UUCAAAACAGUUCAACAUAUUAAAAAUAAAUAUCGAAGAUAUUGUCUGUUUUGAUAAGUUAUGGAAAUAAUUGCACUAUAUUUCAAAUAUUUUUUUAUAAGCAUUUCAUUCCCAGUUUUCAUUUAAUUAUAAAUAAUACUAAAUACUAAUAAGAGUUAAACACUUUUUUAUUGGAACUUUACUAUUACGAUAUAAAGCCGCAGGAUCUCAGGUCAUGGACUCAAACCCCGAUCGGACCGAUAAAAAGUUAUGGUUUAUCUAUCGAAUAAAUAGCAGCCCGGAGUCUGGAAGUUUUAUAUAUUCCCGUGCUUCGAACGCACGUAAAGUCGUUGAUCCUUUCUGGACUUUCUGAUUGUGUCAGAUUUGCCAUUCCAUCGAAUUAUAAGAAUGCCUCAAGUCAAGGUUCCUCAAGGUGUACUUAAAGGCAAGGUUUGCUCUACUUAUAAUGGCAAAAAGUUCUACAGUUUCGAAGGUGUACCGUACGCGAAGCCGCCUGUUGGUGAUCUUCGCUUCAAGGAUCCACAAGAGCAUGAUGGCUGGUCAGGUAUAUGGGACGCUACUAAACCAGGCAAUAAGUGCCCCCAAGUCAACCCCAUGGGUAAAGGAAUUAUGGAGGGGUGUGAGGACUGUCUGUACUUAAAUAUUUACACUCCAAUGAUGCCAACUGAGGAUAUAAAAAAACUUCCGGUGUUAUUUUUCAUUCACGGUGGCAGAUUGACAUUAGGCUACGGUGAUUACUAUAGACCGGAUUAUUUCAUUGAAAACGACAUUAUAUUAGUAACGAUCAAUUAUAGAUUAGGUAUAUUCGGUUUUUUGUGCCUCGAAACACCGGAAGUUCCGGGUAACGCUGGCUUAAAAGAUACAGUCAUGGCUUUGAAAUGGGUUAAGAGUAAUAUAAAAAACUUUAACGGUGAUGACGAUAAUAUUACUGUUUUCGGCGAAAGCGCUGGAGCGGCUAUCGGUACGUCGUAUUUGACGUGCAAAAUGGCGGAUGGGUUGUUUAAUAAAGUGAUCUGUCAAUCUGGUUCGUCGAUAUCAGAUUUGUAUAUUAUAGGAGACGAUCCGAUACACAGAGCAAGCGUGCUUGCGUCGUUUUUAGGACAAAAUACAAGAGAUAAGUACGAACUUUAUGAUCUCUUCUCAAAAGCAUCGACUGAGGAUUUAGUUUACGCGGCGAUAUCCGCAAAACUAACGGAACAUCCCGCCGUUCUUAGUGCGUUCCUUUUACCUGUGAUAGAGAAGGAGUUCGAUGAAGUUGAGAGAUUUUUCGAAGAACCGCCAAUAGUAUCGAUAAGAGAAAAUCGAUUGAAAAAAUUACCUGUCCUAGUGUCGGUGCAUUCGCACGAAGGCGCGUUAUUUGUGGAGAAGGACGAACUCGGAAAUGUGAUUUACGUGGACAAUUUCGAAUAUUUCAUUCCGUCGUUCCUGUCUAUAAAAAUGGAUACGCCGAACGCAUCGACAUUUGCGAGUAAAUUGCGCCAAUAUUACAUGGAAGGUAGAAGUGCUAAUGACACGACGAAAAAUGAAUAUUUACAUCUCGUAAGCGAUCAUUACUUCCUUCGAGAUAUUAUGUUAAUGGUUGAAUUGUUCUCCAGUUCCCAAGACAUAUAUCUGUGUAGAUUUGGCUACUUUGGUAAUAUGAAUAUAAGGACGAUGAGAAGUUUAGGCGUUAUGGGUGCGACGCACGGUGAUCUCAUACAGUAUAUAUUCUAUCGAGAAACUAAAGUGAAAUCGGCGUCGGAAAAGGAUUUGUUUAUUGCCCACAAUCUCGUCGAUGCUUGGUGUAAUUUUGCGAAAACUGGAAAACCAACAUUCAAAAAUCUGAGUUUAGACUGGCAACCCUACGAUAUAGAUAAAAAAAUAUGUCUUAACAUCGAAGAUGAUAUAAAAGUCGAACCAUUCCCUAAGUUUGAUAGUGUGAAAUUUUGGUUCGAUUUAAUAAAAGGAAGAUCGAAACUGUGAUUGUACUCUUAUAGAGUAAAGAUCAUAGACAACUCUGACCUUGAAUUGAGAUGAUAUCAUUGGUCGAGAUCUAAAUUGUCUGUGGUAUUCAAUAUUCGUAAAUAAAAGGUUUUUAAAACGUGGACAAAAUAAUUGGAACUUUUGGAAGUGGAUACAAGUAGUUAAUUCGAAUAGUGUGAUAUAAAUAAAGAUAUAUUAUUGGAAUAUAUGAUAUAGCAAAGCUUUACCAAAUCACAUGGAAUGUUUAAUUCUAAGGUUGUUUAUAUUUACUCUUGACAUUUAAGAUACCAUAUUACUUUAAAAAUGUUGUUUAUGUUAUUAGUUGAAUAAUGCCAGAGUCGGAUUAAAAGGUCUGGAGGCCCUGGGGCCACAAUGGAGUGGAGGCCUUUUUUUUUUGUUUUACGUGGAGGAAAGCCGGCCCCGUUGCCCAGAGUACACCACGAGGAGGUGACUGACAUGUACCCCCUGGAGUGGAGGCCCUAGACCAACAGAGGCGUUGAGACUUAAUUAGAAUAUUUUAAUUUCGAUCAGUAGGCUAUAGUUUAUUUAGUUGUAUCGGUAACUUUUAUAACAGUUAUUAGUAAUAUUAUUAUAUAUUUUUUUAUGAUUUUGGUAGGCGGACUAGCAAAUGGACCAUCUGAUGGUAAGU